AUGCCACCACAUCCUCCCGCGACACCUGCUCGCCUUAAUAUUUUUGUAUCACGAACUCUCCCUCUCAUUCUAGACAGAAAUCGUCUAGUAUCGGCCUUCCCCCCACAACCCGUGCCACCGUCACUCGCUUCACAAAUCAAUACGAAUGUCGCAUCGAUAGUCAAUGGAAUCGUGGAACUGGAAGGUCAAUCGGAUCCGCCGGACACUGCUGACCUCCGAGCGAGUUGGGAUAGGAUGAGAAUUAUGUUGGGCUCUGCCUGGGAUGGUAUUGAUCUGCCUGCCCAAAGAUCUGCCAAGGCGGAGCAGCUCGUGCACGAAGAAAGUCGACCGAACGAGCGAGACACGGCCAUCCCAUUCCGAGACUCACUUCCUCCUUCACCGACUUUCUCACCCCAUACCGAGCUCCAAAUGCAGUCGCAGCUUAUGGAAAACCAAGACGAGCACCUCGAUCACCUCUCGAACUCCAUACGAAGGCAGCACGAGCUUGGUCUACAGAUCGGCUCGGAGCUUGAUGUGCAUACUGGGCUGCUGGAAGAACUUGAUCAUGACGUAGAUCGGACCGACAGCAGUCUCACUCGCGCCAGGAGGAGGUUAGAGGCCGUUGCCAGAGGAGCACGGAAUAACGCAUCUGCGUGGUCCAUUGGCCUCCUUAUCUUCGUUCUGCUGAUCCUCAUCAUUGUAUUUAAAACAUAG